AAAAUAGUAACCUUGCCGAAAGCACCUGCUUGCCAGGGUCAGAGGAUGUGAUGGAGCUGCUUGAGGAAGACCUCACGUGCCCAAUUUGUUGCAGUUUGUUUGAUGAUCCCCGAGUUUUGCCCUGCUCACACAACUUCUGCAAAAAAUGUUUAGAAGGGCUCUUAGAGGGGAAUGUGCGGAAUUCAUUGUGGAGACCAUCUCCAUUCAAAUGUCCUACUUGCCGUAAGGAAACUUCAGCAACUGGAGUCAACAGUCUACAAGUUAAUUACUCCCUUAAGGGUAUUGUGGAGAAAUAUAACAAAAUCAAGAUUUCUCCUAAAAUGCCAGUGUGCAAAGGACACUUGGGACAGCCUCUCAACAUUUUCUGUGUAACUGAUAUGCAGCUGAUUUGUGGGAUCUGUGCUACUUGUGGCGACCACACUAAGCAUGUCUUCUCUUCUAUUGAAGAUGCCUAUGCUCAGGAAAGGGGUGCCUUUGAGUCCCUCUUUCAGAGUUUUGAGACUUGGCGCCGGGGAGAUGCUCUUUCCCGCUUGGACACUUUGGAAACAAACAAAAGGAAAUCCCUACAGUUACUCACUAAAGAUUCAGACAAAGUAAAGGAGUUUUUUGAGAAGUUACAACACACAUUAGAUCAAAAGAAGAAUGAAAUCCUGUCUGACUUUGAGACUAUGAAACUUGCAGUUAUGCAAGCCUAUGACCCAGAGAUCAACAAGCUCAACACUAUUUUACAGGAGCAGCGGAUGGCCUUUAACAUUGCGGAGGCUUUUAAAGAUGUGUCAGAACCUAUUAUAUUUUUGCAACAGAUGCAGGAGUUCAGGGAGAAAAUCAAAGUAAUCAAGGAAACACCUUUGCCACCCUCUAAUUUACCCACAAGCCCUUUAAUGAAGAACUUUGAUACCAGUCAGUGGGAAGACAUUAAACUAGUCGAUGUGGAUAAACUUUCUUUGCCUCAAGACACAGGCGUGUUCAUUAGCAAGAUUCCCUGGAGCUCCUACCAGUUGUUCAUGGUGGUAGUUCUGCUGGGUCUCCUCGUAUUCUUUGGUCCUACCAUAUUCCUGGAGUGGUCUCCAUUUGAUGAAUUGGCAGCUUGGAAAGACUAUCUUUCAAAUGUCAGUUCUUAUCUGACUAAAUCACCUUAUUUCUUAGAACAGUCUUUUUUUUUCUGGGAACAGAUAACAGAUGGGUUUUUCAUUUUUAGUGAAAAAGUCAAAAAUUUUAGUUUGGUGGCACUGAAUACUGUGGCAGAAUUUGUGUGCAAAUAUAAACUACUAUAAAAAUCUUUUAACCACACAGUUCUUUUUCUUGAUGGAGUUAUUAGAGAACACAAG